AUGCAGCUGGAAGGCCGCGCCCAAAGAGCCCCCUAUACCAAGUCCAAGUUCAUCAAGAUAUUCUCCAGCUGGCACAUUUGGACACUUGUUAUCCUCUAUAUUGUCUUCAACAAUGGCAAUGGUGGUAACUCGCAGCCGGCAUUUUCCCUCUGGUUGAAAUCAGAGGGCUACAGCUUGCGCGAAGUCAACAUCUAUCCUACAAUCACUGAGGUCGUGAGUAUCAUCACCACGCUCAUCUACGCAUGGACAUCAGACAGUCUCUUUCGUGGGGCUCGUUGGCCAGCUAUUGUCUUUUCGGGUUUGGUCAAGAUCGUGGCAUACGUUCCUCUGACCGUAUGGGAUGUCCCAAACAGUCUGAAAUGGGCAUGCUUCAUAUUGUGCGGCUUUGGCGGAGGGAUCAGUGGUCUCACCUUCGCUUGGGCACACGAAAUAUGCAGUGACGAUAACGAAGAACGAGCUCUUGUCACAGGCGCCAUGAACCAAAUGGCCUACGUCUUUCAAGCAUGGCUUCCGCUGGUUAUCUGGCAGCAAGUAGAAGCUCCUUCCUACCCCAAGGGCUACCCGAGCAUGAUUGGACUUUCGAUUGCUCUGAUCGGAAUCGCCUUCGUCAUUCGCUUCCUGCACAAGCGAGAAACACGACUUAAGUCAGCACGCGGGCACAUCUCUGCGUAA